AUGGACGCUCACAUGAGCAUGGGACAUGCACAUCAUGAACAUGGUAAUCAUAUGAACAUGAACCAUAUGAUGCCAGCAGCAGACCACGAUAUGUCAAUGAAUUCCUCAUUUCAAGAUGACAUCAUAACAAACACUUUUAACGGCAGUGAUGACAGCAUAGACUAUAAAUCAGAUUUAAGAAUACAUGCACAACAUCAAGGACACGGCGGACAUGAAGGUCACGGCAUGGGCGAACACGCUGGAGGUCAUGACAUGGCUAUGACUUUUCACGGAGGUUAUAAUGAAGUCAUUCUCUUUUCAUGGUGGAAAGUAACAGACAUUGGAGAGUUCAUAGGAUCUUUCUUUGCAGUAUUCUUAAUGGCUUUACUUUAUGAAGGCUUAAAAUACUACAGAAAACACUUACUAUGGAAAACGUAUACAGGGCUUCAAUAUUGUGCAGUAUCACCACCAGACAAAGGUGUAGCAAAUCUAUGCGCUCCAGAUGAGCCGCAAGUUAUACAGCCGGUGCCCCAUGUCCUUGAAAGAAAUGUUCCUACAAUGUUGAGCACAGCGCACGCGUGGCAGACAGUGCUUCAUGGAUUGCAAGUUUUAGUGAGUUAUAUGUUGAUGCUGGUGUUCAUGUCCUACAACACGUGGUUAUGUGCUGCAGUGGUCCUGGGCUCAGCGACUGGUUACUUCCUCUUUGGAUGGCGAGAAUCUGUUGUAGUAGACUUUACAGAACAUUGCCAUUGA